AUGCCCAAGAUCAAGGAGAUUCUGUUCGACUGCGACAACACGCUCGUCCUGUCCGAGGAGCUGGCCUUCGAGGCCUGCGCCGAGCUGGCCAACGAGAUCCUCGAGAAGAAGGGAAUUUCCGAUCGCUACACCGGUCCUUCCCUCUUGAAGGACUUCGUCGGCCAGAACUUCCGCGGCAUGAUGGUCUCCCUCACCAAGAAAUACAACUUUGAGCUCGCUCCCGAGGAGUUCGAUGCCUACGUCGAGCGUGAGCUAGGCAAGGUCAUCGAGAAGCUUGAGGCCAAGGCCCAGCCCUGCCCCGGCGUUCCCGAGGUCCUGGAGAAGCUCGCUGCCGAGAAGAAGUAUGGCCUGGCUGUCGUCUCGUCAUCCGCCCUGUCCCGCGUCGAGGCUUCGCUCCGCAAGGUCAAGAUCGACCACUACUUCCCCGACGGCCACGUCUUCAGCGCCGCGUCUUCUCUUCCAAAGCCCACGUCGAAGCCUGACCCCGCCAUCUACUUCCACGCCUGCAAGACCAUCGGCGUCGACCCCAAGGAGUGUGUUGCCAUCGAGGACAGCAGGAGCGGUGCCACUGCCGCCAAGAACGCCGGUAUCCCACUCAUCGGAUAUGUCGGCCCCUACGAGAAGGGCGAGGAGCAGGAGAGGAUUGCCAAGAUGCUCAAGGACGAGUGUGGUGCUAUCUACAUCAUGUACGACUGGAACGAGUUCGCCGAGGCCAUGAAGAAGGUCGAGUCUUCGUAG